AUGUGUCAACACAAGUUGGAUCUUGGUUUCAUAUUGGACAAUUCUGGCAGUGUUGGAUCUAGUAAUUUUGAACGAAUGAAAUUAUUUGUCAAAGAUCUCACAGACUUCUACAACCUAGGCUCGGAAGAGACACGAGUCUCCGUAAUGUCGUAUUCAAAUUCUGCAAACAUCCACAUUGCGUUCUCGGCAAAUUUUGCGAAUAAAAACCAGUUUGAUUCGGCCGUCGAUGGCAUCUCGUUCACUGGUGGAGGGACUGCAACAGCAUUGGCUUUAAAUAUGUCUUACAAUGAUAUGUUUACGUCACGUUAUGGAGCGAGAGGCCCAGGUAAGGAUCUAGCCUGCGUCGUUGACGGGCCACUAUAUCAGUUUGUUCUUAUUAUUUAUAUAUUUACAUCCGAUACCGUCCCUUAAAAUGUGUUCCAAUUUUUUAGAGUUCAAGAAAGUUUUGGUGAUAAUAACGGAUGGACAAAGUUCAGGACAGGUUGAUUAUCCAGCCCAACAACUGAAGAACUCUGGUGUUGUGAUAUUCAGUGUGGGGAUUGGACAUGUAUCAGUGCGAGAAUUGCGAAUUAUGUCCUCAGAUCCAGUUGAUGAGCAUGUUAUUAUAUUGGCCAACUUUAUUCAACUAGAAAAGCUUGCUGGGAACAUGUCUGCGAAGACUUGCAAUGGUAGGUUUUAUGCAUGGUGGCAUUUAUGGUAGUGGUAAUGGUGGUGAUGAUGGUGGUGAUGGUGGUAAUGGUGAUGAUGUUUGUGAUACAGGUUAUUAUUUAAUUCCUGGUUUACUUUAUAAGAUUUUAUUCACUACAAACUUGUUUCGUAUGACAAACAAUGCUUGCCACAAUCAUCAGGUCAAUUUAAAUGUCGCGCUAUGUUGUUGCCAAGGUAUAUUAUUAUACUACUUACAUGUUUGACGUAAAUUAAACGGAAUGCUCAAGUAUUAGAUUACAUAUACAGUGUAGAUUAUAUAUAUACAGAUUAUAUUAAGUAAUGUAUAAUACAGCUGCCAUUUUUUGGGUAGACACGUGACCGGCCCAGACCAGGGCUUCCUCGUGUCUCGCCUCGUUCUCACACUGAAGCCCUGGGAACGAGGUUGGGCGAAGGGUGCAUGUCCGAGUAUAUGUCGUAAAGGGUGGACUCACCUUCGACGACUACGUCAACUGCUUGAAGGAUCCGGGAAAAAGGCACAUGGUGGAAAUGAACGGACUUCCGAGUUACCAUCAGACUAUGUACUCUGAGACCGUCAGCAAGGUCGGGUUGUCUGCGAACGACGACAAACGUGUUAUUUGUGAGAACGGAAUACGCACCCUGUCGUAUGGUAAUUACAAACUCAAAUCUACUUGAGACCUACCUAAAAUUAUUUUGAGACACUCCUGAGCAAAAUUGAGGACCCUUAAAAUUAUUUUGAGACGCUUUCAAGCAAAAUUAAGUUCACUUAAAAUUAUUUUGAGACACAUUUAAGCAAAUUAAAAUUAAGACAACUUAGGUUUUGCUUGAACCAUACUUAAAAUUAUUUUGAGACGCUUUCAAGCAAAAUUAAGAGUAUUCGUCCCUUACAGUGUACACUGGUUUAGGAAAGUCAGAUCUCCUCCCAUUUUCAUAAAAAAUUCCGGAUUUUUCGCUUUCUUAACCACCUUGCCAGGUCCCUACUUGACAUGGGUGUAAACAAAGCGUGGAAAUGAGGAUCGAACACGCUAGCGUGUGUAUAUUUAAAUUUUACUAAGCAAAAUAAAACAUGUCAGAAGAGAACCCAAGUACGACCGCAGUGCCGGUCACAAAUCCGGUGAAGACCCACGUCAAGGAUCCGAAAAAAGUGGAGGCAGGACGCAGGCUUGCCAAGAUCAGUCAGGAGGCAAAACCCAGGAAGCGCACGCAACGUGAAGCAAUUAAGGAAGAGCAAAACGUUUUUGGAUGUAGAAAAUAA